UCGCCAGGUGCGCCCCGCCCGCCGGCCUGGCUGCCUUCUUCCAGCCGCUUCCAGGCGUCCGCCAUUGGCUCUAGCGCCCCCCUAGGAGUUUGGCGGUGUGGCGCAGUUCUGAGUUGGGAAGGGUCCCUGAGUACCGCGAGGGGCAAAGGGACGCGUGAAAAGCGGACCGAAGCGGUGCGCUCGAAGACAGUGUCCGGUCACCGAAGGUCUGAGAAAGGACUUUCGGAGCCGUGGGCACCUCGCGGAUCCCGGGGGGUGGGCGGCGACCGCACCUGAGCUUGUGGACCUCCAGCGCGCGUGCGCGCCCAGGGUCUUCCCGCACCUGAUCGCGAGACCCCAACGGCCUGCGGCUCGAGGCCUCGGCGGCGCAUCCCAGGCACCCGUCAUGGCGCAGCUGUGUGGGCCGCGGCGGUGCCGGGCGCUCCUCGCCCUGCUGGCAUCGCUGCUCCUCUCCGGGGUCGAGGUGGCCGACGGAGGCCGAAGCAUCCACGACUUUUGCCGAGUUGCGAAGGUGGUGGGGCGAUGCCGGGCCUCCAUCCCCAGAUGGUGGUACAAUGUCACUGAAGGGUCUUGCCAGCCAUUCGUGUAUGGUGGCUGUGAAGGUAAUGACAACAAUUACCAGAGCAAGGAGGAGUGUCUUGAGAAAUGUGCUGGUGUUACAGAAAAUUCCAUUUAUGAUCUGGACUCCAGUAGGAAUGGAGGAGCUUCUUCUGUCCCAAGUGUUCCCAGAAGGCAGGAUUCUGAUGACCUCUCUGAUGAUGUUUUCAACUAUGAAGAAUACUGCGCUGCCAAGGCCGUCACAGGGCCCUGCCGGGCAGCCUUCCUACGCUGGUACUAUGAUGCUGAGAAGAACUCCUGUGACAACUUCAUCUAUGGAGGGUGCCGGGGCAAUAAGAACAGCUAUCUCUCCAAGGAGGCCUGCAUGCAGCGCUGCUUUGGAAAGGAGAUGUACCCUGUUCUGCCCCUUGCGACCAAAGCGGUGGUCCUGGCAGGUCUGUUUGUGAUGGUCCUGAUCCUCCUCCUGGGAGCCUCUGUGGUCUGCCUGAUCCGGAUAGCACGCAAGAAGCAGGAGCGUGCUCUCCGCACUGUCUGGAGCUCGUCAGAUGACAAGGAGCAGCUGGUGAAGAACACAUAUGUUCUGUGAAGGCCUUGUCGCCAGGAGAACGGGGGAAAGGAGGGGAGAAUGUGUGCUUUUUUUAAAACUAGAGUGAUUGAUUAUAUCUGUGAGAUCAUUAGGGCUUCGGUCUGUCUGUUGCUUGGACGCUGAAGCGCUGCUUCUCCACCCCACCGCAUCCCACGGUGGUGACUUCUUUCUGUGCCCCAGGUGUAGUUUUCUAUGCUCAUGUUGAACUCCACUGCCUCCUUGCCCACCACAAAAGCAAUGUUUUAAUAGUUUCCUUGGUUUGUUUGAUUCAUGGUUGUUGUUGUUGUUUUUAAGUAGAAACAAAAGGGUGUUUUUUUUUUUUUUUUUUUUUAAGAAAUUAGGAUUCUGAAAGGAAGAAAACAAAACAUGUAAGUUUAAUAAAAAAGGGUCUUCCCUUUUAAAGUGAA